ACUCCAGCAAUCGCAUUCGAGUCGCUCGAGCUGUUUAAAGUCACUUUCCGUUGUACGUUUAUCAGAGAUUGUUUGAUCUUUGUUGAGAGAGAAUGGACGAAAAAAACGCAUCCGCAAACACAUCCGUCGAAAUGGGUGAGAGCAAUUCAGCAACGGCAGCGAAGAAGCCAGCGAAAAGCAAGUCGAAGGCACAACGUGCGAAAGCAUCUCAUCCACCGACUUCGGAAAUGGUCAACGCCGCCAUUAAGGAAUUGAAAGACCGAAAAGGAUCGUCUGUCCAGGCCAUCAAGAAGUUUAUCGCCUCCACUUACAAGGUUGACGGAGAAAAAUUUGCUCCGUUCAUCAAGCGAUACUUGAAAGCCGCCGUAACAUCUGGUGCCGUCGUACAGACCAAGGGCAAGGGAGCUUCUGGGUCCUUCAAGCUAUCAGCUGGAAAACCGUCGGAGACUUUAAAGACUAAGAAGGAACUGCGUUCACCGAAGAAAGCCGAGGUGAAGAAGGUCGAGAAGAAGACCGUGGCAAAGAAAGUCGCCCCCGUGAAGAAGCCAGCAGCUAAGAAACCAGUAGAAAAGAAGGCAGCCGCAGUGAAGAAAACCGCAGCGAAAGCAGCGGCAACUAAAGCGAAGACUGCCACAGAAGCUAAGAACAUGUCCAAGUCGAGGAAGACCGCCAAAGCUCCUGCAGCGAAGACCAGGACUCCUAAGCCGAAGAAGACCGCUACAUCGAAAUCGGUCAAGGCUCCAGCAAAGAAAUAAUUGCGCUCUGCAAUAACAACAUUCAAACAUAAAUGGCCCUUUUCAGGGCCACCACAUUCUUACCACGUAGAACUACCCACUGCCUCUUUCUUUCUAGGUAUCAAAUGCAUCCUUGCAAAGUAUAAAUGUUCAUAAUUUUAAAUUAUCGUGCUAAAUUGCAAAAUUAUUUUGCGUUGUACGAAGAAAGUACUUUAUUACGAAGAUGAACAUCUUAAUUUUAAAUAGUUCACUACAGCUGAACAGACUCCGACAUAUAUCAUAUACCUGCCUGAACAAUUAAUGACUAGCGACCAGAGUAGACAACAUUUUCUUGGAAUUCUAGUGUAACGAACAUUAAGGAAAAGUAACGAACAGUUCUUAAAUAUUUCUUAUUUAUUAAUCGAAAUUUAUGUUUAAACAAGAAUUUUAUCCGUUUGCGGUAAUGAAUGAAAAAGUAACGAACAGUUCUUCGAUAUUUCUUAUUUAUUAAAAGAAAUUUAUGUUUAACACGUUGAUCGCCACGUCACCCAUAUAUGGGCGACAGUGCUUUUCACUGAAAAACGAAAACUAUUAAUUCUGAAAGUUAAGUGUCACAGAAAAUGAAUUUAAAUAAAAUACUUGGAUUUUGAUGAAGUUACAGAACUAAAUACCAAAAUAAAUGUUUCAUUACGCAGCUUUCGAUAGUCUGUAAACAAAAUUUAAACACGGUAGAAAUUUUCAAGAGUUUUAGUCUGGCAGUGAACGUGUUAAACAAGAAUUUGAUCCAUUUACUUAUCGAAAGACGAAAGACUGUUUCACG